UCUAAUUUUCUGGAAAAAAAAAAAUGCAAUUAAGUGUAAUUUGGGCUAGCAUGUAGCUAACGUUAGCGUGCUUCAAGAGUAAUACAAAGGGUGCUACAUUGGUAGCUCAAGUUAGCUUUCGUAGCUAUUAUUGAAAGACGCUUCAGUCACUUACAGUUUUAUAAUUAGUCGGCUUUUGCUGUAAGGAUACUUGUUAAAAUGCGCACAUAAUAAUGAGAAAUAGGGAAGUUCUUUAACAGUGAACAGCGUGUCAAGUUGCAAUCUACAGCUGUGGGGAUAUUUCUUAGAGAACUACUUUGUGUCGCGGGGUAACAGUCCUGUCACGUCAUUUCAGAGCUGCCUGUCUGUCGGAGCUACAGGAUCUGCAGCAAGUCAACCCUCUCAUUCUCAAUAUAAUCUCACAACAUCAGCAGCCAUGGAUUCACAAGCAGCCCCACAGCCAGUCAUGUGUGAAGUCUGUGGAACAUACUUUGAGACACGACGGGGGCUCUCCAGCCACGCCCGUCUCCAUCUGCGGCAGCUUGGUGUGACAGUGUCAGAAAGUAGUGGAGCUCCUAUAGAGCUCCUCUACCAGCUUGUCCAGGAGAGAGAUGGCUCCCUCCCCAACAUCAAAGCUGACUCUUCCACACCUGAGUUGACCCCUCUCAAAAAAACAACCCAACAGGAGUCCAGGACUCCCUCAGCAGCAGAGGACAACAGUUCCUCUUACAAGGCGGGGGCCAGAGUCACAACAACUCCACAGAAGAUGGAUCAUCAGGGUUCUCCAGUCAGAUUAAAAGACGCAGCAGCCACUGUCCUCCCAUCAUCCCCUUCUGCUCUUAGGCUCUCUGAAGGCAGCAGCUCGUCCUCCUUAGAGAACCAAACCCCAACCAAGCCACUGUGGGCACCGCUGGAAACGGAUGCCCCUAUCACCUUAGACACCCCUGACGAGGUCCAUGUUUGCCAACUUUGCGGCUGCUGGUACGAGACACGCAAGGGCCUGUCCAGUCAUGCUCGGGCCCAUCUGCGUCAGAUUGGAAUCGCUGACAGUGAGAUUAAGGGCAGCCCUAUUGAAUUUCUUUACCAGAUUAUGGAGGAAGAGGACCUCAAGCCUGUCAGCAGCGAGCAACAGGAGCCACUGACCUCAGACGGUCUCCCUAGGUCCUCCUCCAAACGUCCCUCUGAUCUGUCUUCUCCACCUGCAUCUCCACCCAACAAAUGGCCCAAAACGUCAGAGGAGUGUACCUGUAUUCUGUGCGGGGAGGAGUUUGAGAAUCGUAAAGGCCUGUCCAGCCAUGCUCGCUCUCACCUGCGUCAGAUUGGGGUGACAGACCUGAUGGGGAAAACCUCUGCUAUUGACACCAUCGAGGAGCUGGUCAAUAGUGGCAUGUUAGAAGCCAUGUACCCCCCCAAAACAAACAGUACAUCUAGCUCAUCUGCUGGUCCAUCUACAGCCCCGGCCUGUCCUGCUGCCCCGGCUCUGUCUCCGACACCAGGCCAAUCCCAGCCCCAGUUUCCCCCCUCAUCCCUCUCCCCAAGCCCUGCAAAGAACAUUCAGUCUCCUCAAACUCCUGUCAACAGGGCCCCGAAGGCUAAGAAAGGCUUUCGACUAGCAGUGGACCCCCUCCAUAGAAAGCCCAAGCCUGAGCCUGUGGAGGUUGAAGUGUCUGUUCAACCGAAGGCGUACAGCACCAUCAGCAACUCUCCCACGCAGAAGUCACCCACUGCUGCUGUUGCUUCAAAGCCAUUCAGUGCAGUGUCCUCCACAGACAUACAGUCACCACCAACAGUCCUUUGCGACUUCUGUGGCCAGCUGUUUGAGACCCGCAAAGCCCUGUCAUGCCACGUCCGUGCCCAUCUACGCCAGCUAGGCCUUACCUGGUCGAUCAAAACAUCACCAAUUGACCUCCUCAAAGAGGUCAUGUUGCACGGUGAAGAAGGCAGGAAAGGGACUCCAGCAUCGGGCAAAGCCGUGUGGACCCCUCAAGGCUCCAGAAGGUCCCUGGAUGGCCCCCAGUCAAGGGAAACGGCCUCCAGCAGCAGCACCGCACCUCUUGAUUACUCCAUGAAAGAGAAAUCCCCACCUGGCAAGAGUGGAGCCUCACAUGCUGACACAUCCUGUGAGCUUUGUGGAUUUGAUUUUGAAAACCGCAAGGCCCUGGCCAGCCACGCGCGGGCCCAUCUCCGACAACUGGGAAUCAUCGAGUGGAAGGCGGAUGGAGCAACUUCGCCAAUUGAACUCCUCAGUGAGUUGAUCCGCAGGGACCCAGUCAAAGUGGCAGCAAUAACCCGACGCUACCGUACGGGAGACCUUUAUAUCAAGAAGUCCCAGAGAAGUGCUGCUUCGCCCUCUCUGUCCACAGACUCUGACUCUGUCCCUGGCAGCAGCUACAAGUCUGAGCACAAGGUGGGCAGAGAGGACUCAGGCUCAUCCAGACAAUCGCAUGGCCACAUACGGACUAUUGCAGCCCACAGCGACCCCAGUGUGCGCUCGCCAAGGGGAGUCCAUCCACCAAAACAUACAGUGCCUAGAGGAGAGGAAAAUCAGGACACCAACUCCCAGCAACCACCACGGUCUGGCAGCAUCCCUGCUCUGCUGCCAAAGCCCCCGCUAACACCACUGGUCAAGCUGGUGGGCAAAGUCUACUCCCUCAAGUGCAGGUUCUGUGAAGAAGUGUUUCAUGGACCUCUGUCUGUUCAGGAGCAGUGGAUCACACACCUGCAGAAACACAUCCUAUCACUGGGCUACAAGGGCAAAGCAUCUCCUCCUGCUGCACCAGUGGCAGCUCCAGCACUCGUACAUCCAGUAGCUGUCUAGUCCCUGAAAUCUUCACAUUCACAUAAAUUAAUGUCACCAUUUUCACCACUGUCACGUCAGAGUCAAGAGGAAGUGUCUAUUUUGAAGUACCAUAUUGUCUUAAAAGUGCAAAUUCAAAUGGUCCUUUCUUGUCCUAGAAAGGACAAACAUUAUUAUUAGGAAAGCAGCAGAAUGUAAUCCUCUCAGGUAAAAUUCACCAGAUACAAUAGAUCACAAAACUGGAUGUUUUUGGAAAAAAUCACUCAUCCCUCAUUUAGUGCUUUCCUCCUCCUGCUCAUACAUUCCUUCCAUUUGUACAAAUGUUCAAAUGUGAUUCAGUGCUUGAUGUUAACAAACAACAUGCCUCACACUGAGAGACUGAUCCUGGCAAAAAUGAAUUUCUCUUUUUGUUUUUGUCCUACUGAGUGGACUGGUAUGGUCACCAUUUCACUGUGAUAUACUUUUUCUCCUUUAUAUGCCUUUGUAUUGAGCCUUGUUUUACCAAUGAACUUUUUAAGCAUUUUACUUUAAAUCUAGAAGGACCAACUUGGUUGAUGUAAUGUAAUGUCCUAAAAGUCAAAGCAUUCACCAUCUUGACUGUAGACUCACUACAUUUCUGUUCUUGGCAUCUUCUUCUUCAGGUAUAACUUCUAAUCAUGAACUGUUUUCUGAUCUUUUUACAUUUUUUAACACUUGUUAUGUAAAUUAAAUUCUGUCUUGUAUAUAAACACA